UCAAUCUUAGUAGAUGGGGACACGAUUUAUUUUAAUUGUUUUCAAUGUUUCCAAUUUAGUAUUUAAAACAGUAUUAAUAAUUACUAAAACUACCUGCCAACUAAUUAAUGUAAACAAUUUUUAGGGGCGUGACGCCUGCCAUUUUGAAUUAUGCCUUAUAGUCAAUAGAGUAGAAUUUAUUAUAAACGGUGCCGCGUUGAGUGAUGCUUUAUUGCGAAUAUUAAACAAUUUACGGUUUUGCAUAAAAUAUAGUCUUCAUGAAUCAUAUCGUCGAUAUGGCUGAUACACAAGUAGCUAAUAUAGUUAAUGAUAUAUUGAGAGUGGAAGCCGUAGAGGAAGCAUUUAGUUGUUUCCUAGUCCAUAAACCUGACCAAGAAAAUGAGAGGCUGGCGAUCUAUCAGAAGAAAUUGUCGACCAUCAUGACAACACUUAGUGUAGAGUUACAGGAGUCUGCCAUAAGGCAGUACUUGACUCUCACUGCAGUUUUGACAAACAGAUAUAAAAUGAAACAAUUGCUCACUCUGCUGGAGAAUUUAGUGAACUCAAAUAUACUUCCAGCCCGGAUGCUUUGUGAUUGUAUUCUUACCAAUGAUAAACUUACCUAUCAGAAUGCAGAUUUUUGGAUAGAAUGUUUUAAUUUAAUAAGAAGAGUAAUUGGAGGAGUUGAUUACAAAGGUGUAAGAGAAAUAAUGAAGGGUUGCAGAGAGAAAGCGCACACAUUACCAGUAAGGUUAAACUCUAGUACAAUGCCUCAGUUAAAAGCUCUAUAUAAUGUUAUAGAAUAUAUUUUCGAUCGAAAUGCCUCAUUGCUGCCUGCAUAUUUCAUAGUCACAGAGAUCCAAAAAGAUUAUCCAGACAAUAACCAUUGGCCGCAUUGGCAACUAGCUAAACUUUUAACUAGUUUUAUUGAAAGCUUCAAGCCAUGUGCACAAAUGGUUUCAAUCAUAGGACAUUCAAAUAUGCUACCUGUGGUAGAAUUUUCUGGUUAUGCAGAUCAUCUUGUAAACCCAUGGCGCUUGGAUCCAACAACAUUGAAAUUUUCUUUAAAGGGGAACUUGCCAUAUGAUGAUGAACUCCUUAAACCUCAAAUAGGGUUGUUGAGGCAUGUUCUGCAACAACCCUACUCUAGGGACAUGAUGUGCUCCAUGUUGGGCUUGCAGAAACAACAUAAACAGAGGUGUAUAGCCUUAGAGGAUCAAUUAGUUGAACUAAUGAUAUUGCCCAUGGAAAAGAGUGAACAGGAAAAUGAAGAUGACGAAAUGUCAUCAACACAUUGGUGUUGGUUGCAUUUGUCAUCACAAGUUAUAUAUUUAAUACUCAUUGGGUUUGCAUCUUUUCCCAACAUUGUUAUGGGUCUUCACAACAAGUUAAUUGGGCAUGAUAUGAAGAAGGGACGAGAUCACCUCAUGUGGGUGCUUCUGCAGUUCAUAUCGGGAAGUAUUCAAAGAAACCCAUUGUCAAAUUUCUUACCUAUUAUAAAACUGCAUGAAUUAUUAUACCCCGAAAAAGAACCUCUACCAGUGCCAGACUACACGAAAGCGCAUUGUACACACCAAAUGGCGGUUGUUUGCAUUUGGAUGCACUUGUUGAAAAAGGCUGAAACAGAACAUAAGACAAUUUCCAUGCCACCAAAUCUCAAAGUUCAGUAUGAUUUUUUACAGCAUCUUAUGAGCUCCAACAGCACGCCAACGCUUAUGGGGUCAGAUUAUCGUAUAGCUUUGCUUUGUAAUGCAUAUUCAACAAAUCAAGAAUAUUACGCGAGACCAAUGGGAAUCAUAAUUGAGACUCUGUUUGGAAAUCAAAAAGCUAUGCCAAAUGGAAAUCCAGGCACUCCUCUACCAACUGUUCCCCUAUCAAUGUGCAUUCUAGACAGUUUGACCCUCCACUGUAAAAUGUCGUUGAUUCAUUCGAUCGUGACUCACGUUGCUAAAUUGGCUCAAAAUAAGACCAAUAUUCCAGGCAGUAGUAGCAUGAUGGCACCAGCCCUAGUUGAGACUUAUAGCAGGUUACUUGUAUAUACUGAAAUAGAGUCUUUAGGCAUUAAGGGAUUCAUUAACCAACUACUGCCCAAUGUGUUUAAGUCGCAUGCGUGGGGAAUACUCCACAACCUGCUGGAUAUGUUUUCGUAUCGCAUUCAUCACAUACAGCCACAUUACAGAGUGCAACUUCUGUCUAAUAUACAUUCGCUGGCUGCUUAUCCUCAAGCUAAUCAGACCCAGUUACAAUUGUGUUUCGAGAGCACUGCCCUACGUUUAAUAACGAGCUUGGGGAGUUCCGGUGUCCAACUACAGAUGUCGCGAGUGGUCUCAGAACCGAAAUCACUUGUAUCUUCGGAAAGUGAAGAACUCAACCGUGUACUGGUGCUGACGCUGGCACGCGGCCUCUAUAUGACUGGCGCCGGUAGUGACGGAGCCGCAGUAAAGGAAUUGUUAACGACUAUAAUGACGAACACGCCUCACAUGUGGUCCCAACACACGUUGCAGUGUUUCCCGCCGGUGCUGGUAGAGUUUUUUGAACAGAACCCAGCCCCAAAAGAAAAUAAACAACUUCUUAAGAAGUCAGUCGAGGAAGAGUAUCGCAAGUGGACCUCUAUGGCGAACGAUAACGACAUUAUAACACAUUUCUCCGUCCACGGCACUCCUCCACUCUUUCUAUGCCUUUUAUGGAAGAUGAUAUUUGAAACAAAUAGAAUCAAUCCUAUUGCCUUCAAGAUUUUGGAGCGGAUAGGCGCCAGAGCUCUCUCAGCUCACUUGCGCAAGUUUUGCGACUACCUCGUAUUCGAGGUGACGAACCCCGCCGGCGGCCCGCAUAUCAACAAGUGUGUGGACGCCAUCAACGACAUCAUAUGGAAGUACAACAUAGUCACCAUCGAUAGACUUGUCCUGUGUUUGGUAUUACGUCCUAAUCCAGACGGAAAUGAAAGCCAAGUGUGCCUUUACAUUAUACAGUUACUAUUACUAAAAGGAUCCGAAUUGAGGAACAGAGCACAAGAUUUUGUAAAAGAGAACUCUCCCGAACAUUGGAAACAAAAUAACUGGUAUGAUAAGCAUUUAGCUUUUCACAGAAAGUACCCAGAGAAGUUUGCCCCGGAAGAGGCGAGCAGUGCAUAUGGCGGGCCAAUUCCCGUCUACUUGAGCAAUGUUUGUCUCAGAUUCAUUCCAGUUCUGGACAUAGUGGUGCACAGACAUUUGGAGAUACCGCAAGUGAGCAAGAACUUGGAACAACUGCUCGAGCAUCUCGGAUAUUUAUAUAAAUUUCACGAUCGCCCUAUAACGUUUCUUUACAAUACAUUGCAUUAUUACGAAAGGAAGCUUCGUGAUAAGCCAUUGUUGAAACGGAAACUCGUGAACGCAGUACUAGGUUCUCUGAAAGAUGUUCGUCCGGCUGGCUGGGCUACCACUGACGCGUUCCAGGCGUAUUUAGCAAAGUCCGACGUCGAUGCAACAGCGUGGGUGCCAGACCUCAACUACUACUUAAGUCUGGUUAACAGAAUGGUUGACACGAUGACAGGAACAUCCCAUUUUCCAAAUACAGAUUGGCGAUUCAAUGAAUACCCUAAUCCCUCAGCGCAUUCCCUUUAUGUCACUUGUGUGGAGCUCAUGUCACUUCCAAUUGCACCAAACUUCGUGGGUAAUAGCAUGUUAGACGUUGUCACAAAGGGGUUUGUGGUUAUUCCUGCAACAAAAAUACAGCUUUGGAUUAACGCGAUCGGUCUCGUGAUGGCCGCGCUGCCCGAUCCGUACUGGACGGUGCUGCACGACCGGCUGCUUGACCUGAUCACCGGCAGCGACCUGACGGACUGGCCCUACCCGCACACGCCAUUCCAGCUCUUCAGCCUGACUACCACUAAUGACGCCAUGCUGGAGAACAAAUAUAGCUUGACGCUUGCUCUCGCACAUGCUAUAUGGUACCAUGCUGUCGUCGGACAAAUUAUGCAAAUACCUCAGUUCAUAAAAGAGAAGCUCGCUGUGGAGGUUCACAUGGAGAUCCAGUUACUGUUUUUGUGUCACAUGGUGGGACCCUUCCUGCAGAGAUUUAAUUCGGAUUUGUCUCGGGCCGUCAUGGACAUCACAAUCACUUUAUACGAGCUGCUGGCCCACAUAGACAAAAAUCAGCCACAUCUGCAGUUUAUCGACCCCAUCUGCGACUUACUCUAUCACAUAAAAUACAUGUUCGUCGGGGAUACAAUGAAGAAUGAAGUUGAGAAUGUAAUUCGCAAACUUCGUCCGGCGUUGCAGAUGCGGCUGCGCUUCAUAACCCAUUUGAACGUGGAGCAAAUAAACACCGCCUAGCAGAACGAUUACUACAGCUACACGCCGUCCAGUUCGAGCUCCAGCUCCGAGUGAUGGCUACGCUGUAGUAAGUGUUUGGAUCUGUCGUUGUAGAUAUAAAUGGUUGUUAAGCUAAGUUUCGGCUAGCAAGUUCUCGCAGCAAUAUUUUGCGCAUGAACUUCUAUAUGCGUUUACACUAGCUACUAAUUAAUUAUAUACGUACGAUUCGCGGCUCGCCGCAAGUUACAAACGUAAUUUGCAGAAGUUUUUACCGUUUUUGUUAACACUGUACAAAUCUCUCUUGCAAUUAAACUUCUGCAAAUUUUGUUAAUAAUCCUCGAUUUAAAUAUACGACGUUCACACUUGUACGUGUCACUGAUUAAGCUGUUUAACAUAGAUACGUACCAUUCGUAAAGUUAGUGAGCGAGACUAGGGGUCGUAUUAAUAGAUGCAAUUUAUUUGCACUCUAAAGUCCAAUAUUAGCUGAGACUCUGCCAAAUGAAGGUCAGCCUCUCAAGAUAGCCGCUAUAUAAUAAACUCAUCUCAUAACAGCUCAAAUUAUAUUUUAUAUCACAAUAUGUGACAGCUGACGUGCUCUUAAAUUAUAGCUUAGGCUCUGUUUACUAAAUAGUUCAAUACAUUAAACGUCUACACGAGAUCCUACUCAAAGCUGUAAUUGAUUUAUUAAUACGGCCCUAUAAAUUAGUCUUACAAAAGUUGCCUUUGUAUAAAACUGAAUGCACAAAUUUCGCAGUAAAUAUAUUACAAUUCAAUAUUUACUGUCGCAUGUCAAUUCAUUAGGCGUAACAAAUAUUGUCAGUAAUAGGAUUGUAUGCGCAUGCAUGUAAUUUCGUUAUCGCACAUAAUUAAAAUGCAACAUGAUUUAGGUCUUCGAGCACAUAUCUAAAGAUUUAUAUCUAUGUUUGUAACGAUUUACAUAAGUAUACUGACAAUUUCAGUUUACUAUACGCUUUUGUAGUAAAAAUAUGUGCGAUACUAGAGAUAGGGAGAACCAUUAUAUUUGCAGCAAUAGUUCUGGAGCAUCGAAAUAAAUGCAAUAAAAAUAGCAUAAAUCUAAGUUAUUUUAGACAUCUUUUGUAACUUAAACCCGUCGACUGAAUAGUAAGAUAUGAUGCUGACGAUGCACUAUAAUGAUAAAGUUUAUUCAGCUAGAUCAGCUAGUUCACGCCACGAACACGAUCAGACGCAUCACUGUACUCUGUGACUACUGAAUUAAUUAGAACAAACGUUAAAGCCUCAUUAUCAUAAGGGACAUAAACUGACUUCUAUUUGUAAAUGUUAUAUAAUUAUAUUAUUACUAUUUACGGACAAAUCAAGUGUUUAUGUUUUAUAGUUGUUUGUCACACAUUAUAUUUACCAUUUUGCUUACGUCGUGUUAUUUGCCGCGAAGCUUUGGUACACUGGGACAUAUAGACAAUGCAAUCGAAUAAUACAAAAAACGCAAGUUAUGAGUAUGAUCAAAUAAUCCAAUGUAAGAAACAAUUACAGAACAUGUUUUGUGGCUUUUGUAGACUAAGUAGAAAUAGUUUGUAAAGAGUUACUAUUAACUAGUAUAAGAUAAAAUAAUGGGCAAUAUCACACUUUAUUUACAAUUGGUGUUAAUAGGUCUAAUAUUUUUUAGCCUUUUUACAUUAUAGUUAUAAAAAUGAAUAUUUCAUUUGCUAGCAUACUUUUACGUUUUUAUACAACGUAAAUUUUACAUUUUUACAAUCGUCUCAAUAAAUGUAUUUACAACCGAAAGCAAUAGUUAAAGAGUACAAGAGUUAAAUACUAAGGCAAGAGUGACUGGAUUUGUUUCGAGAUCAUUUCAAUACUUCAUCCCAACGCUGCGAGUAAUUGUGACAUAAUAUAUUUUUGAUACUGGGUAGAAUAGAAAAUAUUUUAGUCAUAACUCUAAUCAUACAAUUGAAAUUAUUGAAUAAACUAAGGAAGUAUGACUUUAUCCAAUUCAGAAUACAAUUUUACGCAGAUAAGUUAGUUAGCGUCAUUUUUUUAUAACUAUGACCUUACUAAAAAUCUUAAAUAAGAUUGAAGUUAGAUAUCAACUUAAAACAUAUUACCAAA